GCAAACUGAGCCAGUAGCCGAGGCUGACACCGCUGGCAGACGUUCGAUCGUUACGCGGCGAAUCAGUGUUGGUCGGUGGUCGGGCGUACCGCGAAGCACAAUUUGGACAUGCGUAUCGGUCGUUAUCGUUCGUACCCACGUAUGAUCUCUUCUUUCCGAGAUAUAUAUAUAUCUUGUAACAGUAGCGGUAACGACAAUUCUCACAUUUAGUUUAUACGGAUAUAUUAAUAUUUUGCUUUUUCACGGGAAGGAAGAGUAAAAGAAGGAAGAAGUAAGAGGAAAACUCGGAUUAAUUGAUUAAGACGGACUUGGACUUUGGAAAGGUUGAAAGGAAAUCGAUUCGAGUAAGGUCGAAAGAAUACAUCAUGACGUUGAAUAGUCGACACUCGGUCUCCCUUGUAGAACGAAUGCGCACCACCUGUAGCUCGAUAUCUACAUAUGCCCAAAAGGUCAAUCGCCUUUUCUUCGAGUUUCUCCGCAAAUUUUCGACAGAAUGAAUAUUUCACUGAAAUAUUCUAAGAAUAUCACUGGUCAAAAUUAAUCAGAUUCGAGCCCAUCAACGUAGAAAUUAUGACUGAAGAAAUGAACAAUACCGUUUCUUGUAAAUGGACUAUGGAGGAACGGGAAAAGAUGUUAACUACUGGGACGCUGGAACAACAGAGAGAGGCUUUCAAAGAUGACGAAGAGCUAAUGAGAGAAACGAGCAAGUUUGUGAGUGAAGUUAUACAAACGGCGAUCACGGAAGCAUCAAAAAGGAAGGUGUUGACGGAGAAAGCUGUCAGUGAAGGAAGUAGACUGAAGGGUAUCGGUAGCGUCGCUGGUUGGAAUCAUCGUGCCCGUGGAUUCUGCAGUCGAAUACUGAACGCGCUCUGUCCAUGCUUCACUAGCAACGAAUUAUUCACCUGGACACCGUACCGAUAUCGCUUCACGAGACCGUAAUCGUUCGCUGUCACCCGGAAUUACCGUGCUUUGCCGAGCAACCAUUAAUCCAAUCGAUUAAAUAAUAAACAGCAUGAAUAACUGUCGUGAACGCCGUCAACUAAUGUAAUUUAGUGAAGUGCGAGCAACGACAGGUUUUCGAUUUUUCGUACUACUGGCUUUGAACAGUUGCACAUUGUAGACCUCUUGAUUAUAUAGUAUAUCUAUAUUUUAUUAUAUCUAUAUUAUAGUAUAUCUAUAUUAUAUUAUUAUAUUAUACAUAUGUAUGUAUGUAUGUAUGUAUGUAUGUAUGUAUGUAUGUAUGUAUGUACACGUGCACACACACAAUAUGUAAUUGAACAUACAUAUGGGCACCAAAACCAGAGUGUGUUAAAUUU